CUGACCUGCUUCAAAAUUGACUGAAUUUACUUCUAUUUUAUUAAGUACAUCCAAUUCAUUUUCAAUAGCUUAGAGUGAUAAUUGUUAUAGAUUAAUUGCAGCCAUGAAUGACACAAGGCUUGAUAUGUUUGAUGAUGGAAUGAUUGCUGUUGACGCCCAAAAUGUUCAAGGAGAAAUGACAGUUGGGCCUUCAUUGAGAAAUCAAGCAACUUUAGGAGAACCUGAUUUUAGCACAUUAGAUGAACCAAUAAAAGAUACUGUUCUUAGAGACGUAAGAGCAGUGGGUAGAAAAUUCUAUCAUGUGUUGUAUCCAAAAGAAAAGAAAAGUCUACUUAAAGAAUGGGAUCUAUGGGGACCAUUAGUGCUUUGCACUUUUAUGGCCAUGAUUUUGCAAGGAUCCGAAGCAGCAGAUAGUUCUAAUGAUGGUGGACCAGAAUUUGCAGAAGUUUUUGUGAUAGUAUGGAUUGGUUCAAUGGUUGUUACUCUAAAUAGUAAACUACUCGGUGGCAAUAUAUCAUUUUUCCAGAGUGUUUGUGUUCUAGGUUAUUGUCUGUUGCCUACAGCAGUAGCUUUAAUUAUUUGUCGAGUUAUAUUAAUGAUGGAACAAACUGUACUUCUAUUUGUGCUAAGACUUAUUAUAACUUCAAUAGGAUUUAUUUGGGCUACAUAUGCAUCUAUGGCAUUCCUUGGUGAUAGUCAACCAGCUGGACGAAAAGCUUUGGCAGUUUAUCCAAUAUUUUUAUUUUAUUUUAUAAUAUCAUGGUUAGUCAUAUCUCAUACAACAUAAAGGUACAUUUAAAGUUUAUGAUAGGCUGUACAAAAAAUUAGCACAAGAUUGUCACAAAAAAUGCUUGUACAGAAAAUUGCAGUACUAAUCUUUGUACUAAUAAUGUAUUUUAGUGCAUUUCGUAAAGAUUUGAAUUUAAAUGCUGUGAUGCAAUCAACUUUAGUAUUUAAGUGCUGUUGAUCAGUUAUAUGACUGGUUUGUAUUAUGGAUAUUUGAGAUUGCUCUGGAAACAAUAGUGACAAGUAGAUUUUUUAUCAUAUAAUACUUGAACAUGAUGCAAAAACACACUAGAAAAUCUUUUCUUUAUUUUUAUUAAGUUUGUACAUUUUAUUAUAAAAUUAUUUUGAAUGGAAAUAUAAGUCCUUCCAAGAUUCAGCCGUAUAAUGAAAAAAAUGGUGUGUAUGUCUUCAACGAAUUGUACAUAUAUAUACAACU